GGGUGUGCUUCUUCUCCAUUGGAGAGUCAUACAUCUCAAGCUUGCUUCAGAUUUCGAUCAGCUUCAGUCUUCAGACAACAGAGAGGUUGGUUCACAAAGUUUCAGUAAGUAAAGCAUUCAUUCAGAUCAUGAAGAGGUUUGCAUUCGAGGACAGCGAUAUGGCGCGCGUGCUGAUGCUCAUGUCGUCGCACGGGCAGCAGGAGCAGGCGCUGGCUCUGCCGGUGCCGGUGCAGCUGCCGCUCGCCGCCGCGCGCGGCGACCGCGCCCCGGAGCGCGCGUUCGUCUGCAAGACGUGCAACCGCGUGUUCCCGUCGUUCCAGGCGCUCGGCGGCCACCGUGCCAGCCACAAGAAGCCGAGGCUCGACGGCGACGGCGACCUCUCCCUGUCCAAGCCCAAGCUCCACGGCUGCUCCAUCUGCGGCCUCGAGUUCGCCAUUGGCCAGGCUCUCGGCGGCCACAUGAGGCGCCACCGCGCCAUGACCGGCGGCAUGCCGCGGGCGAUCGUCGUCGACAAGAAGCCCGACGUCGUCGACGUCCACGUCCACGGCCACGACGACGACGGCGGCAUCAAGCGCGGCGGCCUGUGGCUCGACCUGAACCAUCCACCCUGCGACGACGCCGGCGACGACGACGCCGAGUGCGGCCACAAUGCCGCCGGCGCCGGCAUCACGUUCCACCAGUUCUUGGAUACCGGAGCCAUGGCCGUUGACUGCGUCGGCUACUAGCUCUCUUUGCCGGAUUUUUGCCGGAUACUACAAUACUUAUAUGCACCGAUUAAUCUUGGUGCAAUUUCUCUUUUACCUUUUCUUUUUCUUUUCAUUUCUUCUUCUUCUUGUUGAGAAAUCCACAUUUUGUAGCGGUAGAAUAUAUUAGUUCCUAAUACAACAGAGCAUGGCACACGUUUUGGGUGCCAAUGAUCAGAUGCUGUGCUUUGGGGUUAAUCUGGAGGAUUACAUGAGAUAAUAUUCACCUCCUGAUGAUUUCCUGGAUUUGUGAUCAAAACCCUUUGAUCAAAUGGAUUAAUGUAAUUAUCUGAAUUGAGUAAAUUAAGUAUAGAGCUUGUGGUUUUCA